GUUCGAAUCCUUUGCCUUCGGAGAGGGGGUCUGGCUGCGGGUCCAGGCAAGGCCGGCGCGGCUUUUCGCCCCCGGCCCUCCAUUCCCUUGGCCUCCGUUUGGUCGGGGCAGCCGGGAGCGCUACCAAGAACUCUUCCCGGGUUACAGUUGGGCAGCCAGUGAGUUGUUAAAACAUCUUUUUGCUAAGAGCAUGGAUUGGGACACACAGCUCAGCUCUCUCUUGACUGCAGCAGACAGCAACAUGGCAAAAAUUAAGCAACGUCUGAACACUGCCAGCAUCUCUUCCAAAGCUGAUCUCUUGCUAGACAGAAUAAAUACUGAGAGUGCUGCUCUGACUGAGCAACAGACUGGACCACCACCCCUGCAUUUCACAUGUGGAGCUCACUCAUGCUGUAGAAUGGCUGCUGAGGAGCUUUCUGCCAUCAGCAAGCAAUUGCAUUCCCAAGCCCAGGUCAUAGAAUCCCUCACCCAGGCAGUACAUCGGCUGAAACAGGAGAAGGAACUGCAGCAGCAGAGUAUCAGUCACCUAGAGGAGGAGGUGGAUCGACUGCAGCACAAUUCUCACGGCAGCUUAGACUCAGUGCUGGGAGUCAGGAUGGAAGGGCUGAAGACUGAGUUCCGUAGCCUUCGGCAGCAAGUGUUUCAGCAGUCAGAUGGUGACUGUACUCCUGAUCCUUUUUCCAACCCUGGCAUCAUGCAAGAUAUGCGGGAGAGUAAGAAAAUCUUGUGGCAAGAAUAUAAGUGCAUCAGAAGAGAGAUGGAACACCUGAAGCACAAACUAGGCAAGUACUACUUGAUGCUCCUGCUCCCCUGGUCUUUGUCCUGUAAUAUUGUCCUGUAA